AAAACAAGAGGUUAAAUCCUCCACGGUGUCGGCUUCAGUUUCGUUUCCGUCUAAGUGGAACAUUUUGAUGACUUGCAGCUGCAGGAUUUUAACGCAGAAGCUCCUCCCUCCCAUCUCCUCAACGCUGCUGACACCAUGUCUAUAACUUACCGCCAGUGCACCAUCGAUCUUGCGAAUCAGAGCAACUUCAUCCUGCAUGACCCCAGCGCCUUUCUCAUCAGUGGAAUGUGUGACACUCCUCUGCCGCUGUGGAUGGGCCACUCCGAUACCGGCAGCGCCCUCUUCUCCAAGACCCCCCACACGGCCUGCGGAGUCGUUGCCGUCUUCACCUACAAGCUGCACAACAAAUCUGCGAAGCAGGACGAGCGGAAGAUGGCCGUCAUGUUCUCCGUUCCCUACGACUUCAACUUUUACUCUAACUGGUACGCCGUGGGCGUGUUUGACAAGGAAACGCAGUGUGACCACGCGCUCUAUGAGAAGAUGUAUUACGGCAAGCAGCAAGGGUUCAUCAGGGGGAAAGCCAGUGGCCCCAGUCUCACUUACAGAGAUGAUGAUGACAUCACCAUUGCAGCCAACAUGACAGACACUUACCAGCCCGUCCUGACUGUAGACGUAAGCAUCAGCAGCAGGAAUAGAGUCACGUCACAGAAGAAGCGUGGUCACUAUUGUCGAUGUUGUUGAUUAGCAAAAGAGAAGCCUUCACAUUGGUCUCCUAUCAGUUCAGGGUGUUGUCUCCACUUUAUACUGAUCAUGAAGCACUAAUAAAUGUGACACUAACUUUGUAAUCCAUAUUAUAAUAAACACAUUUAUUUGCCUGUAA